GACUGUAGAGUGUAGACUACAAUCUAGUGAAGUGAGGACUGACGAGUGACGAGUGACGACUUAAGGACGGGUAGCUCCUUGACGGGAAUAUUCUGUCUCCCACUAUCCCAGAAAGCGGGCUAUUUAUACUGUCGCCGUUGGUGUCAUGACGGCUUCGACUUCAAUCUGGUGAAGAAGCUUCUCUGCGUACCGGAUUACCGUCCAAGAUUAUAAAGGGUUUCUUAAUUCUUAUCAUCUUAUUCAAAUAUAUAAGAAGCUUGAAUAGAUUGGAAUGGCACCUGAUUUGGAUUCCGAGGAGGGAUUAAGCAACGAAAGUUCGCUGCAAUCUAUCUGCUACAAGCGAGGUUCUCUCCGGCUACUCGAUCAGAGAAGGCUGCCUCUUGAAACUAUCUAUUUGGAUGUCCGCGAUGUCACAGAUGGAUGGAAUGCAAUAAGGGAUAUGGUGGUCCGUGGUGCGCCAGCAAUUGCUAUAGCAGCAGCGCUCUCCCUCGCUGUAGAAGUGUUCAACUUGGAGUCUUUUGUUGGGACAUCUGGUGAUGCUGCCUCUUUCCUUAUUAAGAAAUUAGAGUACCUUGUCUCCAGCCGACCAACGGCAGUUAACCUUUAUGAUGCUGCAACAAAGCUUAAAGAUGUCAUAUUAAAUGCUGCUUCCACUACUGGUGAAGCCAGAUCUAUUUUUCAUGCCUAUAUAGAAGCUGCUGAAACCAUGCUUAAUGACGAUGUUGCUUCAAACAAAGCAAUUGGGGCAUAUGGAUCAAGCUUUCUUCAGAGCCAACUGAAAGAUUCCAAUAGGCUGUCGAUUUUGACACAUUGCAACACUGGCAGUCUUGCAACAGCUGGGUAUGGUACUGCUCUUGGUGUUAUCCGUGCACUUCAUGCUACAGGUGUCCUAGAAAGGGCAUUUUGCACAGAAACACGUCCUUUUAACCAGGGGUCCAGGCUCACAGCCUUUGAGUUGGUUCAUGACAAGAUACCUGCCACUCUUAUAGCUGAUUCAGCAGCUGCUGCAUUAAUGAAAUCUGGUCGUGUUGAUGCAGUUAUCGUUGGAGCUGAUCGUGUAGCUUCAAACGGUGACACUGCUAAUAAGAUUGGAACCUACAGCCUUGCCCUUUGUGCAUUAUAUCAUGGGAUUCCAUUUUAUGUGGCUGCACCAGUGACUUCUAUUGAUCUAUCCCUUCCUUCUGGGCAAGAAGUUGUAAUAGAGGAAAGGUCAGCAAAGGAAUUACUGAAUUCACGUGGAGGACUUGGGGAGCAGGUAGCUGCGUCUGGGAUCUCAGUCUGGAAUCCUGCUUUUGAUGUCACCCCAGCUAAUCUGAUAACUGCUAUAAUAACUGAAAAGGGGGUUAUUACAAAGAAUGGCACCGAGUCUUUUGAAAUCAAGGAUUUUGUACAUAAGGCUGGUUAAACUGUUAUAUUGGUCCCACAUUCUGAUCCAAGGUGCUUAACAUAGAGAAAUAUUUUAAAGUUGUGGAACGAAUUGGAAGAAUUUCCUGCUGUCAUAUUUAUUCUUCCUGGAUUUUUUAACAUAAACACAUCCUCGUUUUAUUUUCUUCUUUGCAA